AUGGAGCUGACGCCUAUCAGAAUACCUGGCAAGCGCCGGCGGAAGGGCGAGCCACCGCUGGUCUUCAACGUGGCGCCUCGUAAAGACAAAGUGAAGGAAAAGAAGACCAAAAACCGCAAGGUCGUCAAGCCGAAAGCUUCCUAUCUGGAGAAGGAGCUGCCCCUCGAGAUCAUGGAACGCAUCUUCUGGGCGAGCGAGAACGUCAAUUUUCCGCGAUCAGGUCCUCGUGUAGGCCAUCUUCUGUCAGGGGAACCGACUCGGCGCGAAACUUUUCUUCGAGCAUUCGCUCCCACGUGGGAAGUCUGGUUCGGUGUCUUCAGGGACAGUCACACUGUUCUUAGGAGCUACCAUGGCUGGCAAGACGAUGUCGCACGCUUUGGAGGAAAUCCAGACUUUCAGUCGGCACUACUGCAGUAUUCCUGGGUCGGCAUCUCCUUCAUCUUGGACUGUAUGGAUUCGUGGAUCCAGAGAUACGCAAGGAGCCGAUUCUUUCAGCAACGGAAACUCUGGGGUGAUCCAGACACAGAACACAAAAUUGAGGACGACAGUGGAGGCGUGGACAAUUAUAGGUCGGCCAGGGAGUAUUUCCAACACGACUAUGAUGCCUUCUGCUCAAAGAUAGGCGCCGAGCUUCCACCUGUGAACGAUGAGACAAGCUGGGUUGAGGUUCAUCGCGACACGCAAAUUCCAGAUGGCCUCUUGACGGGCCCGUGGGACGAGGCUGCCGUGCAGAAGCUCUUCUGGCUUGUGCGUGCCGGCGCGCGUUUAUCGCCCGACCAAACCUGGGAAACCACGCUUGAGGGGUAUCAGAAUGCUAUGGCCAGCGAGACGGAACCCCCGAGCGGCAACCUUAACCUGCCAGUCAUACGCCUACUAUUCAUGCUGGGCGGCAAUCACUGGCCGGAGCAUGCUGCCAAGUCAGAGCUUUCACGACUUCACAAGCGAGAGAAGUCUCUGCGGAAUGCAUGCAGCGCCGAUGUCUACCAGAAGUAUGCGGUUGUUGCAUCAAUGAUGGUGCAGCGUUACUCAACAUCGGACACGAGGGGCUAA